AUGGCUUCAACUUCCAAUGCUGAUUCUAUUGAUAGUGGUAAACUUCAAGUGGAUCGAGGAACAAAACCGCCACCAGCUUCUCCAUCACAACAUUUGAACACAAUUGAUACAACUAUAGAUAAUAACCACCAAAAUCAAAACAUGCAAAAUUACAACACCGACACUGAUUCAAAUGAACAGGAAAGCGUUAGCAAACCAUUAUUACGUUUAAAACUCUUGGAUGCGUUACGUAGGGGUGAUUUUGGAAAUUUGUAUGCUUUAUUAAAAGAACAACAUUUAAAUAAUCCAGAGGUUAAAGAAGUUCUUUCGCUACUAUUACAUUAUGCCGUUCAAGUUUCUACGUUGAGCAUGAUAAAACAAAUAGUACAACACUUUGUGGUAAAUGGUGAAAAAGAAAUUUUACAACUAGACAUUAAUUAUCAGGACCAGGACGGGAAUACCCCACUACACUUGGCAGCUUAUCAAUCCAGAGCAGAUGUUGUUCAUUUAUUAUUACAACAAUCUUCUUUGAUCAAUGACUGUAUUACCAAUAAUCAACAUUUACAACCGGCAGAAAUGUGUAAGGAUAGAAACAUAGUCCACAUGAUGCAACUUGCCAAGUCCAAAUAUGUGGCUGAAAUUGCACAAGAGUUUAGAUUGGCCUUUAAUAAUAGGGAUUUUGGCCAUUUAGAAUAUAUCUUAGAAAAUGCAAGAAAUAAUGAGCUAUUGGAUAUUAAUGGUACUGACCCUGAGACCGGCGAUACUGUUCUACACGAGUUUGUUAAGAAAAAGGAUAUUGUUAUGGUACGCUGGAUUCUGCGUCAUGGCGGUGAUCCGUUUAAAAGGGAUAAACAAGGCCAUUUACCAAUAGAUUUGAUUAACAUUGCUGAUGAAGAAAACGCUAGUGCAAGUAGUAAUGAUCUAAAGACUAAUGAUGCCAAAAAUAAGAUUAAUUCAGCCAAGGAAACUGGUGAAAGACCACGCAGUGCUGCCACUACCACUGCAUUAAAUGCUGAAUUGAAAAAGUUAUUGCAACAUGCUGCUCGCGAACAAAGUGUUAUUGAUGUUACCAGUAGUCUGCACGAACCUCCUACUUACAAGGGUUAUUUACGUAAAUGGACUAAUUUUGCACAAGGCUAUAAACUACGUUGGUUUAUAUUAUCUGCAGAUGGCAUAUUAUCUUACUAUAAAGACCAAGACGAUACAUCUAAUGCGUGCAGAGGUUCCUUGAACAUGCGUAACUGCUAUUUACAUUUAGAUUCCAGCGAAAAAUUGAAAUUUGAGAUUGUAGGGGGCAACGAUGACACUGUUAGAUGGCACUUGAAAGGUAAUCAUCCAGUCGAAACAAAUAGAUGGGUCUGGGCUAUACAAGGUGCUAUAAGAUUUGCUAAAGAUAAGGAAAUUUUAAUCAGGAACAGCGUACUUGCACCAGCGGGGAAUUUUAGUAGCACGUCGCUCUCUGCAGCAAGAUUGCGUUCCAAUAGUAAUGCCUCCGUGCAAAAAUCUAUUGAUUCUGCAAGAUCAAGGUUAUCAUUGGCCACGGAAUUAAACGACAAUUUAACUGAGCACGGGAAAAAUUAUGUUGAGAAAAUUAAAAGCAAUAGACUAUCUCAAGAGAGUUCACGCCCAGGUUCCAAUUUUUCCAGACCAAGUUCUAUCAUCAUUGAUGCUACCAAAAAUGCUGUUGAAAAGCCAAGCGGUGUUGAAAAGCCAAGCGGUGAUAGUAUUGCAUCUGCUGCAGGACCUGUAAACAAUAGCAAUCAUAAAGCCACCGCUGCUGUUUCAACCUCAAAUACUAAUCUAUCAACUGGCUCUGCUUAUAGUUCUACCAACUUGUCUAAGCCGAUUACCCCUAUUUUUGCCAACGCGGAAGCUCGGAGCGACAAUAAAAAUGGCGAACAAAACGAUAGAGCUGAAGACGAAGAAGAUGAAGAGGAUGAAGAAGAUGAAAAAGAAGAUAAACUGUUCAGGGAUGAAGUAUAUGGUCCUACCGUCGAGGGCAAGGCAGCUACUGCUUCUUCUUCUUCUUCUCUUGGUAUCACUACUACCAAGAUUACAGACGGCCCCUAUGCUGAAGAAUUGAGCGUUUUAAAAAGGAGUGUUAUUAUCGAAUUAAGUUCGCUUGAAGAUUUGUUGACAAACGCUAAGCACGGGAACAACAAAAGCAAUAAUAAAUUAUCCUCAUCUGCGGCAAUUAACAGGUAUGACGACACAGUUUUUAAUAUCGCCUUGAAAUCUUUGAAAACAAUUUUCGAUUUAUUCAACCAAUUGAACAAUUUGUCGGAGAAACAGGAUAAAAAACUUUUGAAAUUACUUACUAAACAACGUGACAUAAAUAAUCUAUGGAUACAAUCCGUUAAAGAUUUAGAACUCGAGCUGAUUGGAAAGGAGAAAAAAAUUAGCAAUUUAUCUGGUGAACGUAAAAAACUAUUAAAAUUAUUGGAAGAAAAAAGUAAAGAUAUUGAAACCGUUGUUAAGAACGAAACGAAUGGAAAAGCUACAAUGAAUGAAACAAACGAACAAUUAACCGAAAUCGUGACUUACAUGCAACAGAUGAAAAUACAAUAUACUUCCAACGAACAAGAUAGCGACAUGGGCGAUGAUGAUGACGAAUUUUUUGAUGCAGAAAGCGUUUGGGAGGAUUCUCAAGGAGAAAGUUCAAACGAAAGCCAAGAAAAUCUUCGUAAGAAAAAUUUUUCUGGUGACGCUUUAAACGAAAACGCCAACACUGCUAUCGCUCCUAUUGAACCGGCUAAAGGAGCAAAGGAGCAAGGGCUACAAAUGAAGCACACUACUGAACCUAAUAGUGCAACAGAGACCAAAACCCAUAAUCAAUCACCAGCAAUGAAGAAUCAUCAGGAAACAAACACUACUACUCCUAUUGUCAACCAAAAGCAAAACUCUGAUAGUAUCAAUAUUCCAGUCACUGAUGAAACAGUGACAAAUACUGAUAAUAAUACAACAGAUUCUGUUACGUUAACCAACACUCACAACGAUACACUUGCCACAUCCAAAAACUCAAAACCAUCGGAUGCAAUUUCAGUUGCACCAACAGCUUCGAGCCAAAAAUCCCAUUCUUCAGUAGAUUUCAAGAAACUAAACAAAAUCCAAUUAAAGAAAUAUACACAACUGGAGGAAGAAGGCAGUUUCUAUGGUUAUGAAGAUGGUUUAAGAAAAAGGUUGAAAUUGAGUGAGGAUGACAGACCAAAGAUUAGUUUAUGGGGUGUUUUGAAGAGUAUGGUUGGUAAGGAUAUGACUAGAAUGACAUUACCGGUUUCUUUUAAUGAGGCAACCUCUCUAUUGCAAAGAGUUUGCGAAGAUAUGGAAUAUGAACCUUUGUUGGAAAAAGCUGCCAGUUUUACCGAGGACUCCACUUUGAGGCUGUUGUAUGUUUCUAUUUUUACUGCUUCUGCUUAUGCAUCGACCACUAAGAGAGUUGCUAAGCCAUUCAACCCAUUAUUGGGUGAGACUUUUGAAUAUUGUAGACCAGAUCAGGGCUACAGAUUUAUGACUGAACAAGUUUCUCAUCAUCCACCAGUUAGUGCGGUUUGGUGUGAGUCUCCAAGAUAUGAUUAUUUUGGUGAUUCCAAUGUUGAUUCGAAAUUCAAUGGUAGAUCAUUUGACUUCAAACAUUUGGGGUUGUGGUAUUUGAAUUUGAGACCAGAUGGACAGGAUUGUAAAGAAGAACUCUACACUUUUAAGAAACCAAAUAAUCAAGUUAUCGGUAUUUUACUUGGUAAUCCUCAAGUUGAUAAUUAUGGUGAUAUGGAAAUCAUUAAUCAUGUCACUGGCGAUAGGUGUGUGAUGCACUUUAAGGCCAGAGGUUGGAGGUCUACGCAUGCUUAUGAAGUAAAGGGUGAGGUUUAUAAUGCUAAAGGUGGUAAGGAAUGGGUUUUAGGUGGGCAUUGGAAUGAAAGUUUAUAUGCUAAAAAAGUCUUGAAACCAAAUUCAAAUGAAGAAAUGAGUGUUGAGCAAUCUAGUUCAGGUACCAAAUCCUCCAAGAAGGUAUCUGACAAAGUUACUUAUGAUGGGAGCAAAUUCUUGGUCUGGCGUGCUAGUCCAAGACCACGUUUUCCAUUUAACUUGACAUCGUUUGCUGUUACAUUGAAUGCUCCACAACCAAAAUUAGUUCCAUAUUUGCCACGCACAGAUACUCGUUUAAGACCAGAUCAAAGAGAUAUGGAGGAUGGUGAAUAUGAUAAGGCAGCGGAGGAAAAGAAUCGUGUGGAACAAAAACAAAGGGCGGUCCGUAAAGAAAGAGAACAGAAAGGUACUAAAUAUAAACCCAGAUGGUUUACUAAGAAAGUUCAUCCUGUUACCAAGAAAGAAUUCUGGCAGUAUAAUGGUGAGUACUGGGUUGAAAGAAAAGACCAUGCUUGGAAGGAUGUCGCAAACAUUUUUUAG